CAUGGCGCCUCUUCCUCACCCCCGCAUCUCAUCCCUGAGCUCCACUCCCAGCACAGUCUUCUGUGAUUAGCGAGAAGGGGAGAGAGAGGCAGCUGAGAAUGCCGAUCAACAGGAUCGCCGUGGGGAGCACCCAGGAGGUGUACCACCCGAGCGCCCUCAAGGCGGCGCUCGCUGAGUUCUUCUCCACCCUCAUCUUCGUCUUCGCUGGCCAGGGCUCCGGCAUGGCCUUCAACAAGCUGAACGCCGGCGGCGCGGCGACCCCUGCCGGCCUGAUCUCCGCAUCGGUGGCGCACGCCUUCGCCCUGUUCGUGGCCGUGUCCGUUGGCGCCAACAUCUCCGGCGGCCACGUGAACCCCGCCGUGACCUUCGGCGCCUUCCUCGGCGGCAACAUCACCCUGUUCCGCGGCAUCCUGUACUGGAUCGCGCAGCUGCUGGGCUCCACCGUGGCGUGCUUACUCCUCCGCUUCUCCACCGGCGGUCUCCCCACCGGCACCUUCGGCCUCACCGGCAUCUCCGUGUGGGAGGCCAUUGUCCUGGAGAUCGUGAUGACCUUCGGCCUUGUGUACACGGUGUACGCCACUGCCGUGGACCCCAAGAAGGGCAGCCUGGGCACCAUCGCCCCCAUCGCCAUCGGCUUCAUCGUGGGCGCCAACAUCCUGGUCGGCGGCGCCUUCGACGGCGCGUCCAUGAACCCCGCCGUGUCCUUCGGCCCCGCCCUCGUCAGCUGGUCCUGGGAGCAGCAGUGGAUCUACUGGGCCGGCCCACUCAUCGGCGGCGGCCUCGCCGGCGUCAUCUACGAGGUGCUCUUCAUCUCACACACCCACGAGCAGCUCCCCAGCACCGACUACUAAGCUGCUCCUGCUGCUUGGUAGCUCGCCGCGCGCAGCAGCCGGUUCCGUCCGUUUGAUCAGUUCUCCCACCAUCUAGUUUCCUCGCAAUGCACCAUGCAUUCAUCGACCACCGUGUGUGAAUCGAACUCCGCUGCUGCGUCGCUCGCAUCGUUUGCUUCGAUCAGUCGCAAGUUGAACUGUAACCGUGAAUUCCGGACCCGUUUGCUUCCGUAAAAUUCGUUUGCAUUUGCCUGA